AUGCCUUCAGGAAUUCAAUCGCAGCGACAGCCUGCAGCGGCAUCUUCAACGCCAUGGCGAUCAGUUCAAGUCUAUAUGGAGUGCGUCUACGAACAGGCAGAUGUCACCACUCAAAGUUAUGAGUUGGAAAAUAUUCCAGAUGGCAUGCAACUGCUACGUUAUGAUGAGAGGACGGGUAUCAACAUUUUACCAGCCGUCCACGCUGAUACGACGUCAGCGACCAGCCAGCCAUGCCUAGAGCGACCAAAUUCGCCCCCUAGAUCGGAAGCGCCCCAUCAGCAACGAGCAGAGGAUGCUACAUCCAAUUCUUCACUGGCAGCAUCCGUAGCAGCCCUAAAAACCACAGGGCUCCUUCGUCCUCAGUCUACUAGGCUUAUCGAUUGGUCCUCGUUAAGUAUUCAAAAGGACAAUGCUAACGAUACCGAGAGCUUGUUUCCUGGGACCCGGAGCGAUCUAGAAGUUGAUAGCAUGACCCCGCGAGCCGCUGAUGAGCAGACGGAGAAGUACCACGCCAUAUACUUUACCCAUUUCCAUCACCGAUGGCCUGUUAUUCACCGCCCUCCAUAUGACCGUCGACCCUGUGAUCCUGUCCUAAAAUUAUCGAUCAACAUGGUGGGUGCGUGGAUCGACAACAGUCAAGAGUCGAAAAGUUAUGCCUUGGCCACACAUAAUUAUUUAAUUUCUUAUAUUUCCUUAACAUUGUGGUCCACUCAGAACAAGAAAUCUUCAAGUGAUGGAUUCCAAAAUGGUUUACCAGGAGCCAUAUGUGUCUCUGCGAUACUGAACAUUGUUUUUGCUUUAUAUUGCGGGGAGGAGAGGCUGGUGUUCAAAGCUGUCAUACUUCGUACCAUACUUGUCGCCGUUCUUCGGGAAGUUGGCUUCUUCAAAGUUGAGACGAUAAUGGCAGAUGACAGACCGGGGUACUUUUUGCCACUUCAUUUAUCUCUUCAAGGAGAACGACAGCGGGUGGCCGCAUAUCUUUUCAGAAUCGACAACUAUCUAAGCAUAAUCCGCGACCAGCCAACUGUACUUAUGCUCGAAGAACUGCAUUUUACGGUGCCCGUCACUCUCGCUGGUUGGGACGCCGAAUCACUACUUGCCUUGGAAAGUCGUAUGGCCAUGGAACCCCGCUUUAGGAGUGAGAAAUCUAUGUCAAGUCUCAUCAGAAAUGCAACUUCACAUUCAUCAAGCUCUACGGAUGAUUUGAUACUCGUAGAGGAUGUACAGCUUUGCCUAUCUGCCAUGCAGGGCAAUAUUCGACAUUUUUGGGAAACUUCUAGGGCUCACAACCUGGAUGAGGCUGCCGAAGCUGCAAGAGACUCUCUGAAACAACGACUUGAUAAAUUGAAAUCCCGCCUUGAUCAGAUGUCCUCACAAGACACCGACAGCGCGAAAUUCGGUGAAGAACCACAACUACCUAUGCGCUAUUACUAUGGCUACGAAGACCACUCAAAACCAGGAUGGCAGAGGAUUGUUUCUCAGCGACCGAAAGCACUAAUUUCCGACACGCUCAUGUUAUUUCAUCUCCUCAAUCUUCAUCUCUACUCAGACGUACGUACACUUAGCCGAGUAGCAAAGGAUCGAGCUACCGCCAAUCCGCCAGCGCUAUCAGAACAUCACCAGAGAGCCCAGGAGCUGCGGAUAGACUCGGCGAGAUAUUGGACCACCACCGCCGCUGCGAGAAGAACUUUAUCCCACGCCGUCCACAUUCUUCUGUUACACCAAAGUCUUACUCCUAUUUGGGAUAUGCGGAGUGGAGCCCUGGAUCCAAUAUCCUACGUAGCGCUCUCCACUAGCGCGCUGUUGAUAUGGACAUUCUGCAAUUUCAACGGGCCCCAAAACCCCGGUUGCCCGUAUCCUUUAAUGCCUGCAUAUGGCUGCCCAACGACGUCGUCUAUGGAUAUAUUGAGUUUGUGUUGCCAGCCUCAAAGUGAAUCACAAAUGGAGUUUUGGAUUGAUACCGGGGGUCGAUCGUUUGUUGAAAUUGAUGGCGUAGAGUUGUGUUGGAGAAAUGUUGAUGUGCUUGUGGGGAGAUUUAAGGCUCGUAUUCCGGAUGAGUGGGAGCUUGCUGGAAUAAUUGCACCCGGUAUAUUGUAA